AUGGAUCCAUCUCGUCGCUCCGGUGCAUGCCGUGUUUGCUUCUGCAUAUUUCUGGUAGUGCUUUUCGGCAGGCUGUGCCACUCCUUGAGCUUGUGCUGGAUUGGCACUGCUCGAGAUGCCUCCCAACUGCCACUUGGUGGCUUGCUGCACAUUCGGCCUAUUCAAACUUCCAUGUCACAGGACGUGACAUCGACGGCAGAACAUCAGACAGCCCAGAGAGCCCGAGAGAGACAGUCUACGCCAUUGGUAGCACUGGCUGGCUCAAAGCGUGCGGCGUCGACUGCGAGCUUCGUCGGAUCCCAGUCCCAGGAUCUGAACUUGUUUGGUCAACAGCUCAAGCCUUGCUCCCGAGAAGGGGACACGACUACCGGCUGGACUCGCAGUGGGUUUUGUGCAUGGGAACCGUCGGACAGUGGAUAUCACCAAGUGUGUGUCACCAUGAGCCAGCAGUUCCUGCAAUCCAGUACGAAAUAUGACGCGAAUGACCUGUCUAGUGUGGUGCAGGAUGGCGGUCACUGGUGCAUCUGCGCCUGGGCUUGGGCGGCUGCAGUUUCUCGUGACCCUGAGCACUUCGAGAAUCUGAAGCUGGAUUGUGCCAGGACCAACGCCUACCUUCGAGACGUGUACCAAAGCUAUUCCGCCUCUGGCCAGGGCCUAACAUCACCAUCGGGCGUGCAGUAUGAAGCACAGGCAGCUUUGGAGGCAGUCGAUCGACUCUGCAGUGCAUGA